AUGUCCGGCGAGACGGAACCCCUCCUGCCUCGAUACGAGGACGAAGCUUCCCUGCAACGCCAGCUGCAUCAGAAAUUACAUACCUAUCAAAUGCUCCGUGCUCUUUCCGAGGGUUACAUGCCCUCCACUGACCAGACCAUCGCCAAUCUCCGCGCCUGGCUCACUUUGGACAUUUUCAACCCCCGUACCCCGGAUCUAGGCGCGGUGGGGCGCCAGCUUGUCCGAGAUAGCCGUCGAUGGAUCCAGCUCUUGAUCGAGUGCUUGCAGAUCAAGAAUGGAGAAGAUCAAUUGCAGGAGUUUCUCUGGCAUCUCUCCCGUGCUAGAGCUUCUGUCCAUUCGAACCAUAUUUCACAACGGGCCUUACAUACCAAAGCUACAGCUGAUACUAGAGCUGCAUAUGAUAGCUUUCGCACGAUAGGAAAUCUUCUUCUGACCAAUGCCGACUUUCGUCUGUUCAUCAAAGACCUAACCAUCGUCGGACGUGAGAUAUUCUCCGAUACUGCCUUUUCCCUCUCUAUCGCCUCUCGACGCAUUGGGGAGCGAUUGAAGCUCUCUCAAGACGAGGAACAUGCUCUUUCCCGCGCUGGCGCUGACGAAGACCAUGAUCCCUCCAACGAGGAGCUUCGCGAGGGGGUAGCUCAGGUGGCUCAAGUUGCAGGAGAUGGGCUGGCUCGAACUGGUCGGGAUGCCCUGGAAUCUGCAGAGGAACAUUUAUGCGGGCGGGAACAAGAGACCCUGAUGUAUAGACUGAAACAAACUGUCGUUCAACUUAGAGAAAGCAAGGACUAUACAGACUCCGUGGCGACACUGGCGCGUCUCUUGCAGCAAUAUGCCAAAACGUAUGCUAGGGCAACCGUGGAUGUCGCCUCCACAGCGGAAGAGGAAGUUGAUAUCAACGACGACCUUAGGCAAGCGAUGCAGAAAUUCUGGGCUCUCCUUCAAUCACUAGGCGACGCGCAGGAAUGGCAGGCGUUAGAGGAGCGAUUCAAUGACGUGUUGCAGCAUGCCAGCCGGGACCCUGAAUUUGAAGAUCUUAUCUCGGAGGUGGGCUCUGCGAUUCGGGAAUUCAUGACGAACCCGGAUUCGUUCGACUCCGCUCCGGAAGAACUGAACAAGCUCAAGAAGAAAUCCAAACAGGUUGGAGCCGAUUCCACCCUGCGAGAAGAGGUGGUCGGCGUUCUUGAACAGGCAAAAAGGGCCCUGCAAACCGUCUCUCAGGAUGAGACGGUUUCCAACCUACUCAGCGCAACGAAGAAACUCUAUAACGAUGCUUCCGACGGAUACUACGACCGACGGCGAAAAUUGCCUGCAGACCUGGUAGAGGUGUUUCUUCCUCUUAUUCUCCGCAGUAUUCAGUACAUCCCUAUCCCACGUCUAGAAAUCUCCUCCCCAGAGUUCGACCUUUUGGUGGAGAACCUUAUCCUAGAGCCCGGACACACCGUGAACUUUUCAUCCUUUCUCCCAUAUCGCAUGCAUCUCACGACGCGGAAUGAUAUCGACAUUGUAAAGAAGCAUUCCAAGAAGGCAGUGACAGACAUAAAAACCACGUUUACUGCGACCGUCUGCGGUCUGAACAUCGCCGCGUCCGAGUUUGGAUACUGGAUCCGCGUGCAUACGAUGCCCUUUUUCCACUUCAGCGACGAAGGAGUCGCCAGCUUCUACCUCGACCGGCGAGGAAUCGAUAUUUCUCUUGACGUGGAGGUGGGGCGCGAACGCCUGGAGCAGAUCUUCAGCCUCCGUGGCGUGCGCGUACGAAUCCACAAGCUCGACUACAAAGUGCACCGGGGGAAAUGGAGAUUCCUCCUCUGGUUGACCAAGCCGUUCCUCAAGCACAUGUUCCGCCGGGUUCUGGAGAAGCGCAUCGCCGAGCAAAUCGUCCAGGCUGCUGCUGCUCUCAACCGGGAGCUGGUGUUUGCUCGAGAACGCCUUCGAGCGGCUCGCAUCGCUAGCCCGCCAGACCUAUUCACCUUUGUCCGGGCAGUCCUCGCUCGACUGAAACCAGGGAGCGACCCUGACCUCGAAGCUCAUAUUGGCAUCGACACCGCUGGCACUGGGGUCUUCCGAGGCGUUUACGCACCAGGCAGCCUUGUCAAGGCAUGGCAUGAGGAGGCAAUACAGGCGCAGGAAGCCAUAGAAGAGGGAGAUGAAAGCCACGGGUUACACCAAACCUGGCGAAACGCCAUCUUUGAUGUUCCGCGUUGA